UCCUUCCGUACUGCAGCUGGCUGCCAUCUGUCGACCAGCCGGUGAACUACUGUGAAGGUCACUGGUGCCGGUGCGUCCAGCCAGAGACGGUCGGAGCGUCACGUCUGGUGGACGGACGGGCGCGCCCACCUCUGAGCACGGCCUCGGACGUCCGUGCUGGCCGCCGACCAGAGUCAGCGCAGUGGCGUGACGAGUCGCGCGGGGACAGUGAACGAUUGGUCCCUGUCAUUGUGAGACGAGAGCGAGACAGUGUGAAACGGAGAGUGAGACAGUGAGAUGGGCGACGAGCUGCUGCUGCGCUCGCACUGCCCGGGCGGCGCCGGCUGCUUCUGCGCGGGCGCUGAGCACGUGUACGUGCGCGAGAGGACCGUGACGCCACCUCGCACCGGCCUACGCAGCUCCAGGUCGCGGCGGUCGGCUAACAGAGCGCGCGCUGUAGAGACGGUCACAAUCAGUAAAACCAAUACUCAGUCAGCUACUAUAUCGACAACGUCCACGGCGUCCGUGGAGAUCACAUCGAUGGUGACGCGGCGCUCAACGCGGGCGGGGUCGGCCCAGCCGGCCGCCCCCGCCGCCGCGGAGCGCCGCUCGGGCCGGCUACGCUCCGACUCGACGGCCAGCUCCGAGCGGCGCGCCAGCGCCGAGUACCUGGCCUACAGCAGCGACGACGAGUUCGAGGAGUUCAUAAGUCAGCCGAAGACGGACUAUACGUACGCCCGCAGUAUGAGCUACAACACCAUCAGCCCGCAGCACGUGACGCCGCCCAACAUGUCGCGUCGGUGUCUGCACUCUCCGGGAGCGGCGGGCAUGGGGGUCGGCGCCGGAAGGCGGGACGACCGACUGGACCUGGAGCUGUCGAGGGAUGUGCACGACUUCUCCUUCAGUCGGGAGCUGGCCUCCCGAGUCACCUCCUCGAGAACCACCACCGCCGCCACCUCCGCCAAAGGAUCUCUGUACCGCAUCUCCGGCGGUCUGGACGUCGACUCCGGCGAUGAGGACUGCGUGGAGAACAACAACAUCUCAAAGUCGUCCUCACACGAGAGCUACAAACUCACACGGGAAACAAAGACAAACCGUCGGACGGUCACCUCGGUGCUGCUCACCCUGCUCUACCCCUUCACCUACCUGUGGAUGGUGGUCAGCGACACCGGCCGGCGGCUGGUGUGGCGGCAGCGUACCGCCGACACCGCCCCCGCCCCCGCCCCCGCGCCGGCCGCUCCGCAGCCCGGCACGGUGGAGUACCGCCGUCUGAUGCGGGGACUGCCACAGUUGGGCACGGCGGCCGGUGGCGGCGGCGGCGGCGCUCAGCGGCACUGGUCUCGCAGCACCGGCCCGCAGGCGGCGCCCGCCCGGCCUGAGACUAUCACCGGCCGGGUGACCCGGUCCGUCACCACAGCGGUGAGCCGCACCGUCACCACGGUGGUGACGUCUGUGCUGGUGACGGUGACCACGGUGGUGUCGCUGCUCUGGUGGCCGGUGCGUCAGGCGGCCGGCGCCGUCUCCUCUGCCGGCCGCCGCUCGGCCGCCUGGGCCCGCUCGGCCGGCGAGGCUGCCGAUGUACCGCGCCGCUCUGCCCGGCUGCUGCACUGUCUCAGUCCGCGCACCUGGGCGCGCGCCGUGGGUGCCGGGGCCGGCCGCGCGGCCGCCGCCGUCAGCUCGCUCAGCCCGGGCCGACUGCGGCGCUCGGCGGCAGCGGGGGACUGUGUGGAUGGUGGCGCCGCACACCGUGGCUUCGCUCCCGUCUCCUGGGUCCGCUCGGCGCUUAUGACCAUCCUGACCAGCGUGCAGUGGGCCGCCACCGCCGCCGCUCAGACCGUCACCGGAGCCGCCUCGGGAGCGGCCGGCGCCGUCGGCAGCGCCGCCAGCGGUACCGUCAGCGUCCUCAGCAGCGCCGCCAGGGGCACGGCCGGUGCCUUCGGUGGUGCCGCCAGGGGCACCGCCGGUGCCGCCAAGGGCCUGGUCGGCUCGCUGGCUGCCGCCGGCGGCGGUGCGUGGCGCUCUGUCUGGCCGUGGGCGGAGACGGAGACAGCGUCUGGUCGACACGGCGCCGUCCUGUCGCCAGAGGAGGCUGGCCAGCGGCGGCGGCGGCUGUGCCUGUGCCUGCUGCCGCUGCUGCUGCUGCUGCUGGCCCUGCUCCUGCCUCUGCUGUGGGGUCUGUACUGCGAGGAGGACCCGGUGGCGGCCGUGGCAGUGGACAGUCAGGAGUCGGCGACACUCAGCCAACUGAAGGCCGCCCCCGCCACCGCCUGGACCGCCCUCAGAAACACGGCAGCGUUUGUCGGAACCAGCACAGUCGAUACGGCCAGCAGCGUGUACGGCUACCUGGCUAUGCUGGGGAGCUCCGCCCUGCUGGCGGUACCGGCGGUGGAGCCGGAGCAGGCCACCCCGUCUGCUGCGCCCGUGGUACCCGCUUUCCCGGUGGUGCCCGCAGUACCCGCCGCUGCUCCGGCCCCGCCGCCCCCCACCGAGUCCCUGACGGCGGUCUACGCCCGGCUGGAGGAGCUGCAGACCAAGCUGGCCGCGCUGCAGAUGGACUUCCAGUCGUGUCGCGCAGCGUCCGAGGCGGCCACCCAGCCGGCGGCGGUGCGGGCCGCGCUCGGACUGGGCUCCGGCCAGCUUUUGACUGCCGAGCAGCUGGCGGCCGCCGAGCAGCGCCAGGCCGAGCAGCUGUCGGCGCAGCUGGCGGCCGUGCGGCAGCAGCUGGAGCAGAGCGGCGCGGAGCGGCAGGCGGCGCAGCGGGCCGAGUUGGAGGCGCGGCUGGCGCAGCUCGAGCUGACGGCCGGCCAGCUGCGGCAGCUGCAGGACGGCUCGGAGCGCACGGAGCAGCGCGCCGCCGGCCUGACAGACGAGCUGGCGCGGCUGCAGCACGACUUCAGCGACCUGCACCGCACCCUGCUGGCCGUCCAGGAGAGCCUAAAACAGGUUCGCUCCUGCUGCAACCGCACCGACCCCGACUGGAGCACACUGCUCAGCCAGCGACUGCGCAGUCUGGAGAGCGACCUGGAGGGGCGACUGCAGGGCUUCGCCGCCACCAUCAAAGAAGAUCUGGCCUCGGAGUCUGUCUCCGCCGCUGCCGCCGCCGCCGCCGCCGCCGCGGGCUCAGGCGGCGUCAGCAAAGAGGACGUGGUGCUGAUCGCGCGCGAGGCGCUGGCCCAGUACGACGCCGACAAGACGGGAAAGUUCGACUACGCCCUGGAGUCGGCCGGCGGCAGUGUCAUCAGCACAAAGUGCACCGAGUCCUACAACGUCAAAUCAGCUCGCAUCUCUGUGCUGGGCAUCCCUCUGUGGUAUCCGUCCAAUAACCCGCGCACCAUUAUACAGCCGUCCGUCAGCCCCGGCGAGUGUUUCGCCUUCCGCGGCCAGGGCUACUUUGUCAUCUCUCUGUCGCGGCGCAUUGAGCCCACCGAGUUCAUCAUGGAGCACAUCCCGCGCAACCUGACGCCCACGGCGGCCAUCGACUCGGCGCCGCGUAACUUCACCGUCCUGGGUCUGCGGGACGGCUCGGACCAGGAGGGCGUCCUGCUCGGCCGCUACCUGUACAGAGAGUCGGGGCCGCCGCUGCAGGCGUUCCCGGCGCGGCCGGCCGGCGCCACCUUCUCCGUGGUGGAGCUGCGCGUGCACGACAACUGGGGCCACCGCGACUACACGUGUCUGUACCGGUUUCGCGUGCACGGCCGGCCGGCGGACACGGACGCGGACGGCGGCCGGUAGUGGCGGCGCUGCCCCGGGAGCCAGUCAGUACAAACCAGCGCCGCCGCUGCCGCCGGCCUGGACCGGGGGACCGGGGAGGGAGUCUCGAGACGACACGACCGUCCAGCCGACCGUCGACCGCCGCGGGACGCGCCCAGAGCGGGCUGCUUGUGAGGCGCGCCGAGGGCUCAGCGCCCGCGCCGCCGGCUUCUAGAAUCUAUUGCCAAAGUCUGCUCUGCACGUGCUGGAGAGGAAGUGAGCUGUUUUAUUUUGUGCCGUGCGAGAGCGUUGUCAUUUUGUACACAUUCAUCCAGCGUUCUGCGGAGGCACUGAGCAUCUGAGCCACUGUGUGCUGUAGAUGUGUGAGCGUGAGAGUGAGAACCAUUGAUCAUGCACUGCGAUUCACCCACCAUACGGUUAGGGUACAAAGAACGUCGUGCUAAGACAUCGCCCUGGGCAAGCAUAAAUCGGUCGCUUCAGCUUUUUGGGACCAGUGCGUGAAAUAAAAUCGUGCUUUUA